UCUGCAGGAUGGCAGACAUCUAUGAAGACGCCUGUGUGGUGAACCCGGCAAGCUUCUCCGAUAAAAAGGGUGCAUCACUGGACCUGUCAUCGGGCGGAGAUGAUAAAACAGAACUGUCAAGUUCGGAGUCCGAUGACGUCAGCACAGCUCCGGACGUUGAUGAUCGCCAUGACUACAUCCCAGGGAUUGGCAUGGCAACCGCCAAUCAGAGCCGAGCCCGGCCCUGCCCCGUGCUGAACGUCAUCAGCUUCCUCCUGCUCCUGCUGAUCUGCUGCCUCCUGGCGGUUGUCGUGUCCAUGUACUUGGCCGUUCAGCAGUCUAUCAACCAGGGACAGGAGAAGAUGGGGAAGGUCACAAAUAUGGAGCAACUGUUCACCAACGAGCUGUCAAUCAUCCUGGAGCAUCAGGAGAACCUGACCAAUCGGAUGAGGCAGCAGAUGAUGACUCAGGAGGCAAUGAUGAAGAAGCUGUCCAUCGUCCUGGAGAUGCAGAAGAACAUCACCUCCGCGUGGGACCAGCAGAUCAGGAAGCUGUCAAUCCCCGGUGGGGAGGACCAGCAGGUCAAAGCGAUGUCCAGGGCAAUCGUCGCUGAGCUAUGGCAGAAGUUCAUUGCCAUGAAGAAAAUGUCAUGGUUUGGAUGA